AUGGUUGUCAGCAAGUCUCUCCUGAGCGCCCUUGCUCUCGCCAGCAUCGCUGCCGCUGAAACCGUCAACGUCAACGUCGGUCAGGGCGGCCUCAAGUUCGUGCCUGACAACAUCAAGGCCAAAGCUGGAGACCAGGUCGUCUUUCACUUUGUCGACGGCCACCACGAUGUGACCUUGGGCAGAUACGACAGCCCAUGCAUGCCAGCUGAAGGUCAAGGCAUCUUCUCCGGCGUUGUUGACACCGUUGAGAAGGGCAAGGGCGUCACUUUCACCGUCUCAAUCGAAGACGACAAGACCAAAUGGAUCUACUGCUCGGUCGCUAAGCACUGCCAGAACGGAAUGAGUCUUGUCAUCAAUGAGCCACACUCUGGAGAUAACCAGAAUGACUACAAGGACAGAGCCAAGGUAGUUGCCAAGAGUGGUACACCAACCCAAGUACAGGGAGGUAUCCUCUCUGGCGACGGUGGCUCAUCCUCGUCCUCCUCUGCCCCUACUCAGACCACCACCUCUAGCUCCGGCUCUAGCUCCGGCUCUAGCUCCAGCACCGACUCCAGCACCAGCACCACUGAUGGCGGCCCAGAUGCAACUCUCAUCCCCAGUGGUAGCAUUCCCAGUGGUACCCAAUCAGGCUCUACCUCUGCCACCGGUACUGCUGGCCAGACUGGCUCUCCAACCGCCUCUCCCGGUUCCGCUGCUGGCCUCAAGGGAAGUGCCACCCUUGCUGGUUUGGUCGCCCUUGGUGCUUGGGCUGGACUCCUAUAA